CAGGAAAAUGAUCUCUAUAACUUUAAUUUUGAUUUGGAUUUGAUGUCUUGGGACUCGGAUCUUUGGAAUAUUACAGGCCAUGCUUAUGCAGAUGCAAGCGUGAAGACAGAACCCUUAUCACCAGCCACUUCGAAUUUUUCAGUCCCUUCUCCGUCAUCUGUGGACUCUCCAGUGCAGAAUGUGCCUGAUGAUGUGGACUUCAGCUGUAGCUCCCAGAUGUCUCCCAUCUCUCUCUACAGCAAGAGUUGCAGAAGCCCUGCAUCCCCUGAAGGAGAUGGAGGGAAGAAACCUGCUCUCAAUGUCACUUCUCGGUCUGCAAAUAAUUCUACGAGGACUCUCAAGAGGUGUGCUCAGACAGCGUCCAGACCUUCAAUACAACCCAAACCCCUUUUGCCUGCUGUACCUGAGGCUCAGACUAACAUUGGCAUCCCCGCAAAAACCAUCAUUAUUCAGACUCUUCCCACGCUUGUGCCACUACCAAAGCAUCAGCCAGUUGUUAACAUCCAGCCAGCACCCCCUAAAGGUCAAUCGGUGGUGCUCUCCCAGCCUGCUGUGGUACAGCUCCAGGCUUCUGGAGUGCUUCCUGCCUCCCAGCCGGUCAUUGCUGUCACUGGAGGGACCACGCAGCUUCACAAUCAUACAGUGAGUGCGUUGCCUCCAGCUGCUGGAAACAGCUCAACAAGCGGCAAAAUACCAGUGGCUAAGCCCUUGCUUCAAAGCUCCACACCAGCAAUGGGGCUGGAUGCCAAUGUCUUGAGAAGGCAGCAGCGCAUGAUCAAAAACCGGGAGUCAGCCUUUCAGUCACGGAAGAAAAAGAAAGAAUACAUGUUGGGACUGGAGGCGAGGCUGGAGGCAGCCUUAAUGGAGAAUGAGAAACUUAAGAAAGAAAACAGCACACUGAAGAGGCAGCUGGAUGAAGUAGUAUUAGAGAACCAGAAGCUCAAAGUAUCAUCUCCAAAGAGAAGGACCCUGUGCGUGAUGGUGAUACUGGCUUUCAUAAUGUUGAAUUAUGGUCCAUUCAGUGUAUUUGAAAAGGAUCCCAGUGGAGUUGAUUCCACUACAAGUUCCAGCCACCGGACCAGAAAUCUUCUGGAGUUCUCAGCUAGCCGGGAGGAAUCCAGCACAGCUCAGAAGAUACCUGCCGACAUCAUUCCCGAGAAGAGUAAUAGGUAUGAUAAUUCUGUAUCUGAUAACAAAGCACUGAUGAUCGUCUCAGAAGAACCACUGUUAUAUAUUUCACCACCACCACCCCCCUGUCAGCCCCUGAUCAACCGGACAGAGUCACUGAGGCUGAAUCACGAACUUCGAGGAUGGGUUCACAGACAUGAAGUGGAAAGAACAAGAUCCAGGAGGCUGUCAAAUAACCAGCAGCAAAAGGCACGAGUUAUGCAGAGCUCCCUCAGUGAGAAGGCAGAUUCCCAGCUAAUGGCCAUGCCUUACACAGACACCAGCCUCAGCAAGAACUCAGGGAAUGAGCUGCAAGUGUAUUAUGCCUCUCCAAGGAGCUAUCAAGAUUUUUUUGAAGCUAUUCGCAGAAGGGAAGAUACAUUCUACGUGGUGUCAUUUCGCAGAGACCACCUGUUACUGCCAGCCACCACGCAUAACAAGACCAGAAGACCAAAGAUGUCUAUAGUGUUGCCAGCUGUAAACAUCAAUGAGAAUGUGAUCAACGGGCAGGACUACGAGGUGAUGAUGCAGAUUGACUGCGAAGUGAUGGACACCAGGAUCCUGCACAUCAAAAGUUCAUCAGUCCCUCCGUACCUCCGCGAGCAGCGCAGAAAUCACACCGACAACUUCUACAGCGCCUCUCCCUCCGUCCCAGAGCCGCCGCACGCCCUGAGGGCUAUUGUCAAAUCCCUGCAGUAG